CCGAAGAAUAAAAAACAAUCCCUUCUUAUAUGAGGAGGGGAUUUUUUUUGGGGGGUAACACUCAACCUUCACAAUUUUAUCCCUCAUUUAAAAAAAACUGCGCUAAUGUUUUACCGAUGUGAAUCGGAAAAAAAAGCUCCAUUUGAAUCUGCAAAUUGGAAGUGUUGAGGCGUGCGGAUAUUUUGCUGCAGUGAAUGGUUUGUCUUUCCGGGAAGGAGGUCAGGGGGAGGGAACACUUCUUGAGUUUCUCCUUUACACAGCUCAGGAAAUCCAACAUGGAGGCCCUGAGUAAAGGCCGCGAUAUAAGCCUCUCUGCCUUGAAACAAAAUGACCCUUUCAUCUCCAGUAUCGUUGAUGUGACCAGCCAGGUUGCGUUGUAUACUUUUAACCCAAAGGCCAGUGAGUGGGAGAAGACUGAUAUAGAAGGUACUUUGUUUGUCUAUACCAGGUCAGCUUCUCCUUACCAUGGCUUUACAAUCAUGAAUCGACUUAACAUGAAAAAUUUAGUUGAACCCAUCAACAAGGAUCUGGAGUUUCAGCUCCAAGACCCAUUUCUUCUCUAUAGAAACUCAAACUUGUCCAUUUACAGCAUCUGGUUUUAUGACAAGAAUGAUUGUCAACGAAUUGCACAACUCAUGUCAAAGGUAGUUCAAAUGGAAGCACGGCGAGCCCAGCAAGAAUCUCCAGGGAGAACCACUCCAAACAAGCCCAGUGGAUACGAUGAAGAAAAUCCUAUUGACAUCUUAGACAUGCUUAGUAAAGCCAAGGAAGAAUAUGAACAAACAUGCCAGUUUGGUGACUCAAGUAUUUUAUCAAGUUCUCCAGGCAUACACAACUCUGCAGGCUUAGCAGUGAAAAAGUCAAUAGAUGAACGUAACUCAUCUCCAGCUCAGCACCACAACAAGCAUAUUCUUUCAGGCACCAAGCAUUUGACGGUAGAGGAGUUAUUUGGAGCACCUGUUUCUAAAGAGCACUUAAUGAAUCCUAACCAAGAAAUCUUAUUGACAUCUCAGCCAGACACCAAAUUACGAAGUCAAAACUUAGGUUUGCCAUUUGCUUAUGAACAUGCAACAGAACUUAAGCAAUUGGGAAGCCCUGAGAGUCUGAAUAACAAAAUGAAUUUUUCCCGAAUUAGCAAUUCAAAUUACCAAGAAGAUGCUGCACAAGUUCUAAUGACACCGGCUGCUCUCCAAAAAUCUGAUGUCAAAACCAAUCGUAUGUACAAUAUUUCUGCCAGUCCCCUCUUUCAGUCUUCCCUAAAUUUUGAAGCUACUUCUAAUCAGAGUGCAGCCACCAUCAACACUAAUGGCCAUAGUCAGAAUUUGCAACAAGAAGUCAAAGCAGUAUCACCACUGAUGAUGUGUCCAUCUUCUGAAAUGACAUGCGCUAACCAGAACCUGCCUUCAGGAAGUAAUCAGACUCCACAGAGCAGCACUGGUGAAAGAAGCAUUUCAGAUAUUGGAUCUCAAGGUCAUGAACUGCUUCAGAAACUCAAACUGACACAACAGCAUGAUCAGCAGCAUCAGACUCUCAGCAAACCAUCAUUAGCGGCAAAUUUUUCUCCAAUACUUGUUACACCAGAAAGCUUUAAAGAACCAAACAUAAGAACCACAGAAACUUCAUUACAGGUGGUUCUCACACCAACAACCACUUCCUCAGUUGGUCCAUCCAUGCUUUUAUCUCCCGGUAUGUUCAAGCAUUCAACGGCAAUGAUUUCAGAAACUGAAAGGAAAUAUGGUUCAACUUCCCCUUUAACAUUGGCAUCGGAGUCUCGAUCUUCACCACUACCAACUGUUCUCAGUAAGGCUCAGCUUCAGGAAGCAUUAACUCACCUAAUAAAGACUUCUUCAAACUGCCUGGGAUCACGAUUUAAUAUGACAGUCUCUCCAAACUUCAGCAACACUUGGUUAUUCUCUAAUUCAGAAGAACACACUUGGAACUAUGAUAAAAAUUAUUCAGUUGAUCAAACUUCCUGCUUUUACAAAUUGUGUAUUAUAAAUGUUAUAGCACUUAUCUCACUUAACAGACCAAAAUGCAAAUGUUGAAUGUCACAUCAAAAGAAUCCAUGAGAAUGAGUUUCAACGGUUAAUGUGCCAUUCACCAAUGUUCCCUCUAAGCUGCAUGGGCACGUAACAGCUCAGAGUAUCUACACACACUGAUGUGUCAACCUUUUGACUUCCCAUUCUGGAAGCCACUGCUGUGAAUAGACCUCUAAGGUCCACAUGGUAGCAAGCAACAUUAAUGGGAGUACAGAUCUUCACUACUCUUAUUUUCUUUGCUUCCCAUUUUUCACCACAAGGACGAUCACAAAUCUUCCUGCACUGAAAAAUCAAUCACCAAGAUUUGCAUGAAAGGCAUCAUUAAAAAAGAUUAAUGUUAUCUUAUUGAAAUCGCUCAAAACUGCAGCAUACACUUUAUAUUUUCAAGCUUCUUAUCAAGUUUUAUUUGCUCUCCAGAUGUCCUCUGUGGCCAGGCUAAGCUCCAGCAUAUGAAAAAUUUGCUUCUGAUGUCUGUGUGCAUUAGCCAUUUAAGUUGUUUAAGAAUCCUCAGCUGUUCCAUCUUAUCCUUGGUAGCAGCCUCAUUGUUCUGUCCAAAUCUGGAACAUCUAAUUACAAGAUAAUUGACAUCCCCCAAAAAAGACCUCUGUAAUAGAAUUGCAAUUCUGCUAAUUUCUAGGGCCAUAUUUGAAAGCUCCAGAAGCUUAACAGCCAAUUUUGAAUUCCUUCCCAAAUUGACACAGAAUCUUUUUUUCAAAGAUGCUGGUGCCCUGCAUCAAUUUGCUCUCAAUGUUAGCUUGCUGUCUCUCCAUGGAUGCUGCCUGACCUGCUGUGAUUUCCAGCAUUUUUGUUUUUCUUUGCAGAGGCUGGAACUUGUACUGAAGUCAUUUGCUCCUAUAUGGGAUGUAUUGACUGGGUUGGAUUUGUUCUUUUUGUUUACAGGAUGUGUCUCAGCAAUUUUGCACAUGCAUGUAGAUUCUAGUGUUGUAGCUGUACUGUAACAGUUUGGCAAGGGCACAGCAAGUUCUGCAGCACAAGUCUUCAGUACAAUUGUUGGAAUAGUGUCAGGGCCCAUAGUCUGUGAUAUUCAGUGCUUGCAUUUGUUUCUUAGUAUAACUUAUGGAGAAUUGGUGAAGACUUACAAAAAUAAGAGGAAAAGUGGCUCAACUACAGCUUACAAAAGAAAUUGGGGAUAGUAUUAGAUGCAAAGAGGAGAUAUACAAAACUGCCAAAAAUAAAGCAGCAAGUGCAAGGAUUGGGAGUUUUUUUUUCCUUUUGCAGUUCCGCAAGAGAGGAUCAAAAGAGGGAAAAUAUGAUAUUACAGUAAAAUUUCAGGGAAUGUAACUGACUGUAAAAGCUUGAUAUAAUACAGCACAGGAACAGGUCAUGUGGUUGACCACGAUGCCAUUCUAAACUAAACCCAUCUGCUAACACAUGGUGCAUAUCUCUGUCCCUUUUCGUGCCUGGCUAGGUGCUGCUUAAAUCUUGCUCUUGUCUCUGCUUCUACCACUUGCCUUGGCACCUACCACCCUCUGCUUUCUUUUAAAAAAAAACUUGCCUCACUUUUAAACU